AUGAUAGAUUCACAAUGUCACUCCUUCGAGGAUGCCUCUUCUGAGGCCAAUUACACUAUGUCAAUCAGAUCUCGGUCUCACUCUGACUCCUUCAGUGAAAGUGGCUCAGUCAGACGAGUUCAGCUUCACCCUAUCAAUAAACCACUUCCUUCAUCGGCCAAUAGCUCUCACAAAUUACAGUCCCUUCCAAAAACAAAGUCUCAUGAUGACAUUCCGUCUUUGCAAGAAAAUCGAUCAGCAUUUACGACAUAUCCCGAGCGAGGCCGUAGUAGAUCCAGAAAACCAUUAACCAGGGAUCCGGUACGCAAUAAUUAUCACAGCCCGAUCUUUCCCGAUCGUUUCAUUCCCAAGCGUGAUUUCGGCGAUUCUCCAUCCACGCCAUAUCGAGUCAACAAACACCCGCUUGAACUAUCACCCCGAGAGCGUUUUUUGCGACGGCGGUUACCAGCAGAUGAUCCGUUUUUACCAACACCUCCUCGCACUCCAGCUUUCCCGGGUCAAAAUGCCAAACCAACCCGGCUUCGACAAAGGCCACUCCAACGGCCUCGACUCGUCACCGACUUGGCGGUCAUGGGAAGUAACCGUCCCAAUGACUUUUUGCGGCAAGUGAGUUCUGGUACUGUGUGGGGUGUUGGUGGAGCAUCGACCAUGUUUGGGCAAUCUUCAGCUGCCACUAUAACCGGUGGCCAGAAUCUCAGCGAAAGAAACAAUACCGCUCCAACCUUUGUGGCUAAGUUUCUUCCUAAAAAUACCAAGGCUGGUCAACAAAGCAAACACGAAUCCAGAAUUGCUCUUGCCUUAGAUAUUGACCCUGCCACCAGGCUUCUUGACACCUGCCGGAGUUAUACUGAAACAAGUCCUCGCCCCUCGCUAAUUGACCACGAGCGCUUUGAACCAUUUGUUUGGAAGGACAAUGCGUGGAAAAAAGGUGAAAGGGAGCAUUGGCCAACUGUGACUACUCGGCGAGAGAUUGUCCCUCCCAAGCCUUUCCGGAUAUUGGAUGCUCCGUAUAUGCGAGACGACUUCUACUGUUCCACUCUGGCUUAUUCUUUUACCUCCGGUGUGUUAGCCGUCGGUUUGGCACAGUCUGUUUAUCUCUGGUCGGAAGGUUACAUUGUGGACCGACCACCGUUUGGUGAUGUUCAUCCGUCAAAUUAUGUGACCUCUCUUUCUUUUUCUUCAGAGAAUGGUGGGCGAAGUAUACUUGCUGUGGGGCGUCAGUCUGGACAAUUGUCCCUUUGGAGCGUACAUGAGAGCAAGGUACGCUUUGAAAUUAGUCACCCAAACAGUAUAUCGUGUGUCUCCUUCAAGCCGAAAACAUCACGAAGGCCAUCGGAGGGAUUUGCAAAUACAGACACGGAUGUGGAAGAGCUUGUCGCUGGUGAUGAAAUGGGGAAUAUUUGGUACUACUCAGUUGAAUGGCCAGAGAUUCACAAUGACUGGAGUUGGACAGGUUCCAUGACACUACUUGCCAAAAUAUCCGCUCACACCCAGCAGGUCUGUGGUUUGGCUUGGUCUCCCGACGACCAUUUUCUUGCUUCUGGUGGAAACGACAACGUGUGUAUGCUUUUUGAACUGCACGAUAUAUUACCCUCACAACGACUAGAACACGCAUCCAUGUCCAGUACCUCCUCAAGUACGCCCUUGAUCCCAAAUGUUCGCGCUUUGCCAACUCCCACAUCGAGCACCAGUUCAAGGCGCACGAUAAAUAGACGACAAAUUGUCGGUCAUUUACUACCGUCCUGGGUUCAUUCUUCUCCAUUGGAAGCGUCUUCUGUGGCUCCACUCCUAAGUCGGACGGGGUGCCUCAUCUCAGGCACUGAAAAAACAAUUUUUGUCCCAUCCACCCGUCGAAAACACCGCCUUGCGCAUGCAGCAGCAGUCAAGGCGAUUGCAUUUGCCCCUUGGCAACCAUCACUACUCGCAACUGGCGGAGGUUCAAAUGAUAGAGCUAUCCACUUCUUCCACACUCGGACUGGUGUAUGUCUAGCAACUAUAAAUGUUUUCGCCCAGGUAACCAGUUUGAUCUGGAGCCAAACCAGACGCGAAAUCGCCGCAACGUUCGGGUAUGCUCAGCCAGAGCACCCAUUCCGGAUUGCGAUUUUUGCCUGGCCCAGCUGUGCACAAAUUGCCGUCAUUCCCUGGGGUCCUCAAGGGGCCAGUUGGGAUGGCCAAGAUCAAGACAUCAAUUAUGAUUGUGGACGAGCAUUGUGGGCUGUUAGCUACCCAGGAAGACCGCCUUGCCCUCUUAACAUCAGUCUGGACGAUCCCGAUAUUCCAAGCGAAAGGGAAUCAUCAUUCCCUCCGCCUAGCAGUCCCGGAGCUACUGAACGGGGAAACGAUUCUGGUGGACGUAGGCAGGGCCCACGCGCCAUCCGUCCCAAAGAGAAAGAAGGCGGCAUGUGGUGUACACGAACAAUGGAUGAAGGAUGCAUUAUUGUGGCGUCCAGUGACCAAACCGUCAAAUUCCAUGAAGUAUGGACUGGUCGACGCAAAAGCACUGGCUCGGCCUGUGGACUAUUGGGAUGGAGCGAUAUCCUGGAGGGUAUGGAAGGCAUCGAGAAAUCCGGCAGUGAAGUCAUUCGCUAA